AUGCAUUUCUCCAGCCUCCGCGGCGCAUUUGCCGUUCUCUUAAUCGCAUACUUUAGCGCUGAUGUUGCUGCGAUCUCGGGUGGUGACCUUGAGACGCAUCGGCUGCUGCGAGCAGCUACAAAACGAACAGACUUGUAUCGGAGGGGUGUGAGGAUCACCAAGAGAUUCGAGUCUGAGUUGGCCUACGUGGACAAUGAGAACGUCUGGAAUGACAAGUCUACAUUUGCUUCGCAGGUCAAAGUCAGCGGGCAGAGACCACUACUCAACUUGGAAGAGCAUGAACAUCACCUCAAAGAUGUGCAAUGUGGGGAUGACACCAUGAAGCUACACUUUGUAGAUCCUUCUUCAGCACGAGACGCCCGAGCGGCCUGUCAUGACGCGGACGGUGGUUUGAUCAUCACAUCCCACGAGGGCUGUAAUGAUGAGGGUGAGCGAUCGGUAUAUCGGGUCAAUGACGUGUCGUACGCUGAGGACGGUGAAGCCCUUGAGCUGUCCGUCUCAAAGACAACAUGGCGAGCAGCAUUUGAUCAUGUCGACAUAUCGUUCGGCCACACGACAGACGAUCAUAUUUACCGACGCCAUUCCGACUUCGCGAGAAUUCGAAACAAGCGACAGAACAAGGUCGACAUACCGGCAGACACUCCCGACGAUGUCAACACUGUCUCCUUUGACCUAUCAUCCGAGCUUCUUGACACCACUUUUCCGGUCGAAGCAUUCCUAUCGGGCAUUGCUGGCCUUAUUGGAGCACCUGAUGUACCGUUGCCGAUCGAGAUUGGAUGCAAGCGAUGCGCAACAAGUGGGCAGAUUGCCCUUUCACAGGGUGCCUUCAACGUCGAUCUUUCCCAGAUCGACCUCAUUCCGGACAUUUUUGAAGGCGGCGACGACGGCAAGGAAAUCUCGCAUGUCAUCAGUGGUGGUUUUGUAGAGCUUGUGGCGACUGGCGUUGGUGCAACACUGGACUUGUUCGCUAGACCGCCCAGCUCUGGGAAAUUCGAGGUCGCUUUGUUCCAACUUCCUAUUGCUGGUUUUACUAUUCCGGGGAUUGGGAAGGCUGGAGCUAUCUUCGAGCCCAGGCUCGCCUUUGACUUUAACAUCAGUGGUACACUUGAAGUCAACUACGGACUCCAGCUUACGGUCCCUGAUGGUUCCAGUAUUCGAGUGGAGCUUGCUGAUCUUGCCAGCAGCCGCGUUACUGGCUUCCAGGAAACGAGUCUCACUCCGCUGCCCGUCAACGUCAACAUAACUGACGCAGAGAUCUUGCUUGGUCUCGCGUUCGUCCCAGCCAUACCGAUUGGUUUCGACUUUCUGGAUCAACUGAAGGCUGAAGUCACCCCAUCUUUGAACUUACCCCGUCUGGACGCGAAGCUGUCGAGCAACAUCCCGGAAAACUGUGGUGUCAGCAACAGCAGCAAUGCCACAGCACCGAAUGCGCCAUUCGCCAACCAGACAACAGAAUUUCCCCCCGAACUUCUCAGCCUGGGCCCUCUUGCUCUGGUCGAAGCGAACGUUUCCCUCUCGAUCGAUAUCGCUCUCGAUGUUUCGAUACCAAUCCUUCCACCACCUUUCAACGCAGUUGGUGUCCAGGAGAAUAUUUUCACAGCAGUCUUUCCUCUGCUGUCUGGCUGCGCAGCGCCUAAGAAUGCUUUCGACAACGUUACAGGCGUCAUUGUGCCUCCGCCUCCGCCGAUGAUGGUUGAAGCUACAUCCACGGCGCCGAAGUUGGAAGCCAACAUGACCGCGGCGCCAAAGCUAGAAGCCAACAUGACAUCCUUGUUCAGCGCGACGGUAUCUGGCACGCCAAUUGCAGACACUACAGCGAAGACUACAGCGAGUAUUGCUAGUGAGAUGGCCGCGGCUCCCACUUUGAUGCCAAACGUCACCUUCAUAUUCGCCAGCGACGUUGUUCCGUCCUCCACAGAGUCGAUUGCUACUUCGACACCGAUGAGUAGCACCAUGUCUACAACUGUGCUCUUGAACACCACUUCAACGCAUGGUGUCUACGACUGCUGCUCUGAACACUACGUCCACCUUGGCAAGCAGCACCGCAGACGCGACGUCGCUGUUGAACAGUACUUCAACAAUGGCGAGCGAGGUCGUUUCUACGCCUUGUACUAG